GAGAGCGAGACUGUCAGGACGGAGGAAACACAAGUGUUACCAGUUUGCUGCGCUGCCUGGCGCUAGAAAACCCACUGGCCGUGGAGAAUAUGCAUCGCCCUCCAGCGCACAGACACACCGGACAACACGUCAAAUGUGAUUUCCAAAGGCCUCGGCAUCAGCGGUGAUCUCUCCCUUUUCAUCAGUUCUUUUUUUUCCUUCUUUCUUUUUUUAGCUGCCCACUCUCUUGGUUUUUGCUUUUCGGCGUGCACUCCUGUCAGCGGCUGGGACACCCCUGCCCUCGCUGCAUCCCUCGUGUCACUCUCCGUCUCCUGAGGAGGGAUCUAUAAGCCGUCUGUCAGAAGAAGAACAGCACGCUCAUCGAGGUAUUUUAUGGUGCGUCUCCUGGAAUGAUGCCGCUGACACUGGUGCCACCCUCCCUGUCGCCAUGACAAUGCCGCUCAGCCCCCUCUCCAGUGACGAGGACCGCCACAGGAUGCUGGGAAACCCUCGACAUCUAUAUCCAGGGGCAGAGGAAGAGGAAGAGGAGGAAGAGGAAGAGGAGGAAGGUGACGACGAUGACCGCGAUGACGAAGGAGAGGAUGUGGAGAACGGUGAGCUGGAGGGAGAAGAGGAAGACGAGGAAGAGGAAGUGGAGGAAGUCAGACGAGGAGGAAGGGAUGAGGGGUACAGGCAAUCAGUCAAAAUGGCUGGACGACCCCCAGGAGACAGGCAGAUACGGCCCGGCAACACUGGCCACGCGGCCAACCCUUAUUCGUCCAACCCUGGACCAAACCACCAACAGCCAGCCAAUCAGCAGCAGAAGAGGCUGAGGGAACGUAGCUCUAGCACAGCACCGCCGGAGGAUGCCCACAUUGCCAUGAUGGUGUUCCGCAUUGGCAUCCCCGACAUCAAACAGACGAAGUGUUUGCGGUUCAACCCGGAUGCAACUGUGUGGAAAGCCAAGCAGCAAGUAUUGUGUUCUCUAACAGAGUCGCUGCGUGACGUGUUGAACUAUGGCCUGUUCCAACCGGCCACCGAUGGCCAUGACGCCAAGUUCCUGGAGGAGGAGAGGUUGCUGCGAGAGUACCCACAAUCCUUUGAGAAAGGGGUACCAUAUUUGGAGUUUCGCUAUAAGACGAGAGUCUACAAACAGACCAACCUAGAUGAGAAACAGUUGGCUAAACUGCACACUAAGGCCAGUCUGAAGAAGUUUAUGGAUUACAUUCAAAGUGGCUCUGUGGACAAGAUGGCCAAGUUCUUGGAUAAAGGACUUGACCCCAACUACCAGGACCCUGACACGGGAGAGACCCCUCUGACCUUAGCCGUGCAGUGUGAGCCGGGCGGAGGGGAGGCCAUAAGGGUGCUGGUGCUGGGAGGGGCUCACCUGGACUUCAGGGCAAAAGACGGACUCACACCUUUACACAAGGCUGUCCGCAGCCACGGCCACACGGCCCUACUGACCCUGUUGUCUCUGGGGGCGUCUCCGGACUAUAAGGACCGGCGAGGGCUGACCCCGCUCUACCACACUGUGCUGACAGGGGGCGACACUUCCUGCUGUGAGACGCUGCUCUACCACCACGCCAAGCUGGCUGUCAGGGAUGAGAACGGCUGGGAUGAGACACACCAGGCCUGUCAGAAUGGCAACUCCCAGCAUCUGGAGCACCUUCUUUUCUAUGGGGCAGACUCCACAUCCCAGAAUGCCUCAGGAAACACUGCCUUGCACAUUUGUGCUUUAUACAACAAGGAAAGCUGUGCACGAAUUCUGUUGUACAGGGGGGCAAAUAAAGACACAAAGAAUAACAGUGGGCAGACCCCAUUUCAGGUGGCUGUCAUGUCCGGUCAUUUUGAGCUAGGAGAGAUCAUCAAAAACCACCGGGACACAGAUGUAGUACCUUUUCUUGAAUCGCCCAAAUACGCUCCUCAGAGGCGAGAGAGUGCUCCACGGACCCUGGCCCCACCCCAUCCGCACCCCUUCCUGCGGGCCAACAGUGAUAACAGCAUGAACCUGCCUGAUUGGAUGGCCCUGCCCAAUACCACAGGCUCCAACAUCGUCUCAGUACAGGGUUAUAAGCAUUCAGGUACCCUGCGAAGCUCCAGUAGUCCCCGCGGGGCGCGGACUCGCUCCCCGUCCCGAGGCAGAAUAGGGGAUAAGGAUGAUAGGAGCCGGCAGAGUCGGAGACAGGGUGGAGGAGUAGGAGGGGUGGGGUCUGUCAGCAGUGGUGCUGGUAUAGCAGCAGGGGGCCAGCGGAGGCGUCUCUACAGCGCCGUCCCAGGACGGGUGUUUGUGGCCACUCGUUCCCACUCUGCCCAGGGAGACCGAGAGAUCAGCUUCAGCAAGGGAGACAAAGUAAAAGUGCUGAGUGUGGGCGAGGGGGGGUUCUGGGAGGGCACGGUUAAGGGACGGACCGGCUGGUUCCCCUCAGACUGUGUAGAGGAGGUGGCAGUCCGUAGCCAGGACAACCGUUCAGAGAGCCGCAGUGACAAAGCCAAAAGACUGUUCCGCCAUUACACAGUGGGCUCCUAUGACAGCUUUGAUGCUCCCAGUGACUACAUAAUCAAGGAGAAGACUGUACUCCUGCAAAAAAAGGACAGCGAGGGUUUCGGCUUUGUGCUGCGAGGGGCCAAGGCUCAGACUCCCAUCGAGGAGUUCACUCCCACCCCGGCCUUUCCAGCACUGCAGUACCUGGAGUCGGUCGACGAGGGAGGUGUAGCCUGGAGAGCUGGUCUGAGGAUGGGAGACUUCCUGAUCGAGGUGAACGGUCAGAAUGUGGUGAAGGUGGGGCACAGGCAGGUGGUCAACAUGAUCAGGCAAGGCGGCAACGCUCUCAUGGUCAAGGUCGUCAUGGUAACCCGCAACCCGGACAUGGAGGAAGGCCAAAGAAAGAAAAUACCCCAGCAGAGUAAGAGACUAACCACCCCCGCCAUUGCUCUGCGAUCCAAAUCCAUGACCUCCGAACUGGAAGAGAUGGUAGAGAGAGCUGCUACCCCCUGGAAAAAAAAAACAGAACUGGAGUCUUCCCAAGUUACAGAGAAGAAGAGAACAGUCUAUCAAAUGGCUUUGAAUAAACUAGAUGAGAUUCUUGCAGCAGCUCAGCAGACAAUCAGCACCAAUGAGGGGCAGGGGGCACGGGUUCAGGGCACAAAGAGAGACAGGGGCCGGGGAUCCUUUUACGCCAACGAGCCAAAUUACGACCAAUCAGGAAUGACAAUGACUGGCCUGGGUUAUGACCGCGCCCAGUUUGUGUCAGGUCAUGCCCCUCCUCACGGUAUGCUGCGACAGAAAUCCAUCGGCGUGCCUGAAGAGGACAAGUCCUAUCUCAAUCCUCCAGCCAUGAAGCUCUCCCGCAGUCUGUCAGUGCCCAGCCCAGACGACAUCCCCCCGCCCCCCACCACCGCCCCGCCAGACCCCCCCUUCUCCUCUGCCCCGCCCCUGGGCUGGAGGGGGGCCAAGUCUUCUCAGCAGCCAUCUGUGUCCGUGUCCCAGUCCACGUCCACGGCGGCCCACUACCAGCUCUACUCCCAGUCGGUUCACUUCACCCACGGGGGCCGUGAGAGGUCAGGGGCCCCCAGCACCGGCCCGGGGGGAGGGGGGGUGGACCAUGCGCACCAGUACUCCAACGCCCCUGCCCACUCAGCCCAGAGCCGGACGGCCUCCAGGAAAGGGGGCUAUCAGGGGGAGCCUGUUGGACCCGGAGGCGCAGGGGUGGGAGCCAAGGCUACAGGUCUAAGGAGGGGUUACAGCAACGCUGUCCCUCCUUCCAGCAUCGCCACGGUGAUGCCCCUGCAGCAACAGGCCGCCCAGAGCCAGGCCCAGCGGGUGGAGCGCAGCACCGGAGGUGGGGCCCCCAAAGGAGUGGGGGCACGGAGAGGGAAGGGCCCCCUGGUGAAGCAGUCUAAAGUAGAGGACCUACGGGCUGGGCAGGGCACCUCAGUGGAGAAGAGCUCCAUCCCCAUUCCAACCAUCAUCGUGAAGGCCCCUUCCACCAGCAGCAGUGGGCGGAGCAGCCAGGGCAGCAGCGUGGAGGCAGAGCAACCCCCACCGGGAGAGCCCGACACGACCCCCCAUCGGCCCCCGUCCACCCCAGCCCCGCAGCCCCCGGCUCCCCCUUCCAUCCCGGCUCCGCCGCCCCCCACCCUCCGAGGCCAGGACAGUGACUUCACCAGCCAGUUCGGGGCGGCGAUUGUCGGCGCGGCCCGCCGGGACAGGGAGCGCUUCCACGAGGCCCGCAGAAAGAGCGCCUCCAUCUUCAUGUCCGCCGAGGAGGAGUUGGGGCCGGGGGGAGGGGGGGCGGGCAGGACUCAGGCCGCUCAGCACGAGCAGCUCAGCUCCCAGCCCGGUGUCCCCGCCCCGCGCCUGCGACCCUCCAAGUCUAUCGAUGAGGGAAUGUUCUCCGGGGACACCUUCAUCCAACACACCCGCAGCAUGCCCCCGGCCUUUGGCCUGCCGGAGUACUCCUCCCCGGCACCGGACUACCAGCCCAAGUCUGUCCCAGCCGACUUCUACGGGGCAUCUGGUCGACAGCAGCAGCAGCAGCAACAGCAGCAGAUCCACUCUGGCACCACCUUCAUCCACCCCCUGACGGGGAAGGUUCUGGAUCCCUCGUCCCCCCUGGGCCUGGCUCUGGCAGCCAGGGAGCGGGCCCUGAAGGACGACGGCAGACUGAGGAGGGAGAGGGGCGCCGAGCACCAGUUCGGGCGACAGAUGUCGACUGCGGGGGCGUUCCCCAGCCAGGCAACCGCCCCAGGUCCGGCUUCCUCUGCAUCUCAGCCCUCCAGCUCCUCCUACCUGGUCACGUCCUCCUCCCUGGCGGCCACCACCCAUUCCAUCGGCCGACCCCCCUCCCCGAGGAUCCUCAGGAGUGCAGGCUGGGGUGAGGAGGGGGGAGGAGCAGAGCGGGAGAGGGAGGGAGGCGGUGCCAGGGAGGGGCUGAGGGUUCGCUUCUCUGAGGACAAAACGAUUCACACCCACCACUACCAGUCCCAACCCUACCAACCUACCUACAAGGAGGAGAGGGAAAGGGAGAGGGAGAGGUCGCGGGAGAGGUCGAGGGAGAGGUCGAGGGAGAGAGACAGAGAUAGAGAGAGCUACAUCGAGCAGCAAGCUACCCAGCAGCCCCCUCAGCCCUCGCACCAGCCCCCCCGCAGGCCGUCCUUCCUGAGGAUGGAGAGUGAGGCGGGUGCCUACAUCCUGUCCCUGACUCCUCCGUCUCCCCCCCGCCACAGCCGCCCCGUCUCAUCCUCCGGGGGGAGGGGGUUCUGGAGGCAGUGGCCUCAUGGUUCUGCCACCCCCUGCCCCCUCGGUGGAUGCGGAUGACGAGUUUGUCUUCGCAGACCCACUUCCUCCCCCCCUGGAGUUCGCCAACAGCUUUGACCGGGGCAUGGGCGGAAUGUCCGG